AUGGUUGACACUGAGUAUUCCGGCUGCAGCCGGAGAAUAGCGGACUUUCGAGUUUUACCCCUGCUAGUGUUCGGAUUUGCUACAUAUCAGCUGGACAGGACCAACAUUGCUAGCGCACUCACGGGGAAUUUUGCCGCUGUCAUAUCCGUCGAUCAGAACAUUAUCAAUCUCGGGAAUCAACUGAUGUUCCUAGGUGUCAUUUUACUUGAGAUACCAUCAAAUGUUAUUUUACAUAAGGUUGGCCCUCGCCAAUGGAUCAGUGCACAAGUAUGCGUAUUCGGAGUAGUAGCAUGUCUACAAGUAUUCGUGCGCAAUAAGUUAGGCUUCCUGCUCACCAGAACGUUUUUGGGACUUGCGGAAGCAGGGUAUAUUCCCGGUGCUAUGUACACACUGUCUACCUGGUAUACGAAGCAAGAGUUGACAAAACGAAUUGCCAUAUUUUUCUUCGGCAUGUUUGGUGGAACGGCCAUCUCUCCACUGCUUGGAGCUGCUCUGUUGAAACUAGACGGAAAAUGCGGUCUCUUCGGCUGGCAAUGGAUCUUCCUCAUCGAAGGUCUAUUCUCCAUUACGGUCUCUAUUUUGCUCUUUUGCUUCCUUCCUGAACACAGGGAAGUCCCCGUGACAUCAAAUCAAGUGGAUAUUUCGGACUCUGGGGGGACUCGCUCAAUGAAGGAGCCAUUGUCUCACCCUGGCAAAACGCAUAUCCCGUUCAGAUUGGUUUGGAAUACAUUGACAGACAUACGGAAAUGGCCACAUUUCAUUGCCACAGGCUGCGUCUUCGCUACGUGGAGCCCUCUCACAACCUACACCCCGAGCAUUUUUGUGGAACUGGGGUUUGCUCGAAGUCAGGCAAAUGCAUUUUGCGCAAUUGGAAGUUUGCUCACUCUCCCUGUGAUUUUGGUUUUUGCGUGGAUAAGCGACAGAUCGAGCAAAAGGGGCCUUACCGUCAUGGGUGCUAUCUUCGUGUACUUGAUCGCGUUGGUAAUUCUAAGAAUCAUGAUGCACCGUGUGGAUAAAUGGGGCAAGCUGGGCCUCUGGACAGCAGUUAAUGCUGUCGCUGUGGGCUAUCAUCCAAUCCACAAUUCUUGGAUCCAGAUCAACUGCCAGAGCUCUGAAGAGAGGAAUAUAAGCGUUGCGUGA